GGAACAGGCGGAACGGCCCGUAACUAGAUAGACGGCCAAUAAAAGCUGACGUGAAACGCAACGCGCCGCGUAGCAAGGACUAGAAAAACAAACGAACGAUCCACUCGGCGUGAAGAUUGCCGUGAGGGGGUAGUGAAUGUCGGUGAAUCGCCGAUAAAGGGUAAAUUCCGGCGACGAUGCACGCGGAUCGGCGAGGUGCACGAACUCGCGACUGGGCGUGAGGCAUGCCGCGUGAUUACUUUCACCCGUUGACCCGUUGACGACGAGCGCGGCCGACGCAAUAGAGAGGAGACGAUUCUACGUGCACCAAUUCCGACUUCGCUUUUCCGAAAGUUAGCACGGGCGAGAGCUUGCGAAACGAGCGGAUCUACGGGCUUUUUUCUUGUGCGAGUCGUACACACGGCGCCGUAACUGCGUCCGCAUGCGUAAUAAUUGUCUCCUUUUCCGACGGGCCGAUCGAAAUACAUUGUCCGACCGGAGAGCACUCUCGGGGUACACGGCGAAGAAAGGGAAGUUGCUGUAAUGGCCGCCGUGUCAUGAAAUGAAGGUGCCGAGCCAGUUUUGUGGUGCCACAAUGGAGGAUAGCUGCAGCCCCGCGUCCCAGAAUCACAACGGCCAGCUGGCUGGCGGCGCGAAUGUGUCCCUUGCUAACAACAAGCACCAGGGCGGCAGCGACAAUGGCAGCAACGGCGACGCCAAGGACCAGCGGCCGCAGUACUCGAUGCCUGGUAUACUACAUUUUAUCCAGCACGAGUGGGCCCGCUUCGAGCUCGAAAGGUCCCAGUGGGAACUGGACAGGGCAGAAUUUCAGGCUAGGAUAGCUUUUCUUCAGGGUGAAAGAAAGGGACAGGAAAAUUUGAAGAACGACCUCGUGAGGAGAAUAAAAAUGUUAGAGUAUGCACUUAAGCAAGAAAGAGCAAGGUAUCAUAAAUUAAAAUAUGGUACUGACUUAGUAAUGCAAGGAGAUAUCAAACCACCUCUUUAUGAGGAGGGUACAACGUGCAAUGUUUCUGAAGGUAGUGGUGGUGGUGGCAGUGGUACUGGCGGCGGCAGUGGAGGAGGAGAUGGAGAAGCUUCAUUUACAUCUGUCAGUAAUGUUAGUUGGAGACAAGGCCGUCAACUUUUAAGGCAAUAUUUACAAGAGAUUGGAUAUACUGAUACAAUAAUAGACGUACGAUCAAACAGAGUACGAUCUUUACUCGGUUUAAAUAAUAACACAGACACAGAAGAAAUGAAUACUCCAGCGUUAAAUGGAAAUGAGGGAACAGCGCAAGAUAAACAAGAAUAUAACGAAAGUCUCGUACGCCGAGGAAAACAACAGGCACCCCCAAAAAAGCAACAGCCAUCUUCUAUAGCAGAGGCAAUGAUAUUAGAUACAGAAGCGGCUGUUAUAGCAAAUUUUGAAUUUUUGGGGCACACAGAUAUGGACAUGGAAGAGGAGGAAGGAGAUGUAGAAGAUGAAAUUUAUGAUGCAAAUACAGAGACCAAACCAAAUAAAGCAUCUAUUCCCCUUCUAGCGGAGGAUGUUGAUACAGAUGCAGAAGCAGAAGAAGUAUUAAACGAAUUAAAUCUCCUCACAGAAAUUGAAGAAUCACCGCCUGGUUCUAUUCAUCUGGAAAUGAAUUCUUCAGAAUGGAAUGCAUUACAUAGAGGAUUACAAUCAGACCCAAGACGCCCAAAUAAAGAAGGUGAUUCCACACUGGAAUUAGGAGAAUUAGAGCAAUUAUGUGUUAACAAUGAUGCAGAGAUAUCAUAUGACAUGGUUUCCACUACAAAAGAGACCUUCAGAAAAACGUGGAAUGCGAAAUAUACGUUACGAUCGCAUUUCGACGCUGUCAGGGCACUUGUCUUCCAUCCCACAGAUCCAGUCCUUAUCACUGCGAGCGAUGAUCAUACAUUGAAAUUGUGGAAUCUUCAUAAGACUGUACCAGCAAAAAAGUCAGCUUCGUUAGAUGUAGAACCACUUUAUACAUUCAGAUCACACACUGGACCUGUAUUGUGUCUAGCCAUGUGCAGCGCGGGUAAUCGAUGUUAUAGCGGUGGUUUAGAUGGCAAUAUUCAUUGUUGGACACUUCCAUCGGCUAAUAUCGAUCCGUACGACUCGUACGAACCAAGUGUCCUUAGUCAUACAUUAACAGGGCACACAAACGCCGUUUGGGGCUUAAGCAUGUAUCAUCUACGUCCUACCAUGCUGUCAUUCAGCGCAGACGGAACUGUAAAACUCUGGGCUCCACAGGCCCCACAACCUCUUCUCAAUACGUAUGUCUCGGAACAAGACGGCAUACCAACUUCGGUUGACUUCAUCAGGGACGAGCCGCACAAGCUAGUCGUGGCUUAUGAAGGAGCUUGCGUGGUAUUUGACACUGAAACAGGCGCGAUCGUGGCGCGGCUCGAGGCGAACGAGACAAAGGGCGUGAAUCGCGUCGUAGCGCAUCCGACAUUACCGCUCGUUGUGGCCGCGCACGAGGAUCGGCAUAUUCGAUUUUACGAUCACCGGUCGGCUACCCUCGCUCACGCAAUGGUAGCGCAUUUGGACGCAGUUACUAGUCUUGCUGUAGAUCCUCAUGGACUAUACUUACUUUCAGGAAGUCACGACUGCAGUAUAAGAUUAUGGAACAUGGAUAACAAGACUUGUGUUCAGGAGAUAACAGCGCAUCGGAAGAAAUUCGAUGAAAGUAUUCUAGACGUAGCGUUCCAUCCGUCACGACCGUUUAUAGCGAGCGCCGGCGCCGACGCUCUCGCCAAAGUGUUUGUGUGAAAUGUGUAAAUCCGAGAGAUACUCACUACAUCAAAAUGAUUUCUACUAUUACAUCAAAUCGAGCAGUUUUUGUACUCGUAUUCUUUUUUAGAUAGCCUUAUAACUUUAUGUGUCCACCCACAAACACUUCCAAUUUCCGUUGUAACUCUGAUCGUUCUACCAUUUUUGAGGUUUAUAAAAAAAUCAAAUCGAUCGUAUAGGUAUUCAUAAAACGAAUGAAAAUUAUCCGUAACACUUGUCUGUGACAGUUUAUGAAGCAAAAAAAAAAAACAAUUUUGAAUAUAACGCUACUUGAUGUUAAUCAUCAAGUAGUUAAAUACUAUUUGAAAUAGCGGGGAGGGGUCUAUCAUGUAGAAUAUUAGCCGUUAUAGUCCUGAUAAUUAGAGGAACCAACCCCUUACCCACAGAAUCCAGGAAGUACACUGCCGCGGUAGCGUAAUAUUUAUCCUUAUGUUAACUAUUUAUUACCAAUAUCGCCGUUACUGUUGCACAGCUACUGGGGAUUAAUACAAUCGUAAUAAUCGAUGAUACA